UUGACAGCACAGCGAAAGCUGCUUGCCGUGUGGCUCGUCAUGGGGGUGCUGCCUCUCAUUCUCCAACUACGAAGCUAUGCGCAGUUCGUCCGACCGCACAAGAUGCCCGAAAUCCUCGUAGUACCGCACGACCAAUUGCAGGAGACCGCCAACCUGACCCAAGUCUGCCCCGUACAAGCCCUCGUGCUGGCUGGCGUCUGGUGGAACUUCGAGCCAACGCACUACUUCACUACGAGCAAUGGUAUUGUUUGCCACGCGGUGGUGCCGCAGUACAACACGCAUGGCAACAACUUCAUCGGCAGCUCCAAAGUAACCCCGUAUCGCACAGCUCCAUCGAGUUGCGCCAACAACAGUUUCCCGCUUCAAGUGUACUUCUACCACGCCAGCAUCGGGUUCUACUCGUUCUACGAAGGAGAAGUCGGGACAUACUGCAGCAAGGACAAGACCGCGUAUAUUGCGGUGGAAGUGUUGGGGGCGUACGAUAUCAAUGGGUCGUUCCUGGCUAACGACACGGGGAGUACGGAACCUAGAGUAUCUUACUGGUACGGAGUCGCUGGGGCCAUUUGGCUCAUGUAUCGUGGACUCUUGAUCCGUCGAAGAUAUUCAUUGCUGAGAAACUACGGUCGAAGCUACUUGUCCUGUAGGCGCUAUGGUCGACGGUGUGACGAGCUAAGGGAAAAACUCGACCAGCAAGAGGCGGUGGUGUUCGUACAGGUAAGCUUGCGGUUGUCUGCGCAUGGGGCGACAAACUACCACCGGGUAGCUUUGCUCUACCUGAUAGUGGAAGGAAUCAUGACCGACUUGUUCCUCAUUAUCGCGAACGAUGGCUGGCUUACGCGAGUCCAAUACGGAUCUCUUGGCUACAACCUGUCCGGUUUGAUGUUGCUGCUGUUCGAGAUGCUGGAGAACACAAAGUGGUUAAGUGAAAAGUGGCGCCUGCGAGUCAAGCGAGUGUAUUUCAGCUAUGAGACGGCUCUAGUCGGCGAGCUGGUCACGGCUCUCGUGUUGCAGACCAUUCUGUCAGGACUCAACAGGUCCGACUUGAAGCACUCGAAGCCCACAGCUCUCGCCGUGUCCUACUACCUCUGGAGUUUGACGUGUCACGGCGCAGUCGUUUUGGUCAUCAUCGCGAUCAUCUCGUCCGUUCGGGUGCCGUGGGCGUUGACAUACGUAUGGCUCAAGUUCCGAUCCUUCGCUGUACUCUCCGAGCCGUGUAGUGUUGAUACAGCUCUGGGGGUACGCAGCAGGAUUAUGCUUCUAGGUGGAUAUCAAUGGGUGGACAACAAACUUUACUACAGCCCGGGAGCCUUGAAAGCGUUUGGGAUGCUGAAGAUGGAGGAGGACGGCGUCGAGUAUUUAAUUCUGCACAAGUUGCAUUGGUUCACAGUCCCGCAAGGCAAUUUGAUCGGAAUCGGGGUCAUCUCGGGCGAGCGUGUGGAGCCCUGCAACGAGCGACCUUGCACAGGCGUCAUCAGCUUCCUUGACCGCAAGCUAGGAGGGAUCUCAGCGCACGCAGGGUAUUACUAUCGCACCCAACGCACACUGAGAAUUGUAGUCGCGACGAAUGAGCCAAGUGAGCUGCCUCAGCACGUUCAAGAUGCGAGUUUGAAGUAG